GGGUGUGCCCUGGACCACCACCACACCGGUUGCUCUCCUACAUACAAUGACUCGUACUUUGAAGCGUCUUCGGCAACCAGAAGAAGCAGCAGUGGUUCUUUCAGAGUUCACACAAGAUGCCCACGCUGCCAAAAAGCUCAAGCUUUUAGAAGAACACAGGAUAGAAUCUCCCUAUCCCUUAUUUACCCGUCCAACGAUCGAAGAAGCGCGUGCAGUGCACGCCCUUCUCGCGGCGAACACCCCAGGGGGUGCGCCUACUGUUCACUCAGAGCCAAAUGACACCACGACUAACUCUGGCAGCGCAACAUCCAAGUCUGUGUCGUGUACCGGCAGUAGCGCCCUUCCGAAUGUCCUCGACUCUGUCAUCGGAACGAUCCUUUCCCAAAGUACCUCCUCCCAGAACUAUACACGAGCGAAAUGCUCUCUUGAUGCAGAGUUUGGAACUGGCGAACCAGCAUUCGAACGGAUGGUCAACGCCGACGUAGGACAGAUCACACAGGCCAUCAAGUGCGGCGGACUAGCCAAUAAGAAAGCGAGCACGAUUCAAACACUAUUGCGAAGUGUCAAAGCGAAACACGGCAAAUGCGACCUGCAGCACUUACACAACAACGAGAUACCAAACGACGAUGCUAUGCACGAGCUCAUAUCCUACAAGGGUGUGGGUCCCAAAACGGCCGCGUGUGUCCUGUCAUUUUGUUUAGGCAGACAAGCAUUCGCGGUGGAUACGCACGUGUUUAGGUUGACGAGAAUGCUCGGGUGGGUGCCGGAAAGCUCCAAUCCGGUUGAUGCACAGUCCCAUCUGGAGUUGAGGAUUCCAUCGGAGCUCAAGUAUGGGUUACAUGUGAUGAUGGUGAGGCAUGGAAGGACGUGUCGUGGAUGUAGGAAUGGAGGGAGGGGUCCUUGUCCCUUAAAAGCUUGGCUUCGGAAGAGGAACUCGUAAUGAGGAGAAGGGGGCGGCCCAGCCAAAGUGGAGGUUGUGAUGGAAUCCGCAGUUGCGGCACUAGAGGAGUCACAUGCUGGGGAAGCCAUUGGCCGUGAUCUGGUUGGCUCUGCACGUACAUCAUUUCAUGUCAGUCAUUGAACUGUCGUUCCUUGCUCCAGGUUUUAAUGCUUUUACCGUCGGCGCGCACUAUGAACAUUGACUCCAGGUUUGCGUCGCACCAGCACUUUAAGCGG